AUGAGCUGGCCGAAUGGAGCAAAGACCCCGAUGGAUAUCAAGUGGGUCGAUGGUGCUAUAAAGUACUUCGACCAGACACUACAGUGUACUUCGAUCCUGGGCUCGUACAUUUGGUGUUUCGUCGAGAUGGUGACGAAAGGCAGACUACGGCUGUUGGUGGGCAUCUUCUUCGACGGGUCUUGGCUCAAAGUCAUGUGCCAACAGUUGAUUAGUGUCCGAGGCCGGAACUCUACCUUGACAGAUGUGCCGCCGCUACCGUUCAAUGAAGAUGUGGAGCAUGUUCUUUACAUUGCACCGGUACUGCUGCGGGCAGCGAGGAGACUAGUGUAUGAAGACGACUUCGGGUGCAGCGCAAUCGAACGUCAGAGGUUCAUAAAUAAUUACUCCCGGUGUCUCCGGCAUCUCGACACAAUGAAUGCCUGCGAACAGAAUGAAGGAGUGCCUGGGGGGGAACUGGAGGAAAACGAGCGGGACGAAGAUAAGCUGGGCGAAGAUGAGCUGGACGAAGAUGAGUCGUCAAUUGGCCCACGAGAACGUCGGAUGACAUCGCUGCCGAGACGUCGAUCGACCGUGUUGUCACAAUCGAGCAGUAGCGGUGUGGAUGGCAGUCAGUCUCCAACGGCAGACGAAUGGUCCGCAAGAGGGUCUGUGGUCGCAGUGAACCCAGAAAGUCCUUUUGUGGACGAUGAAGACUAUGCGCGAAGAUUGCAGGGACUGGGCCGUCGCGCAAGGAAGCAAUUCCAGCGGCUUGAGACGUAUCGAAACUGGCUUCACGAGGAAUAUGUGGAGGAUCUGUGA